CGAGCCUGAUAUCGAUUAACCAAACACCACGGAGUCACACUACCACUAGUUUUUUUGUUCCUAGCGCUUGUUUAUGUUUGGGGGCAGAUUUCCCUGACUGCGCAACCUCGUUUCGUUUCCAUGGCUUCAACACUUCAGAAACUGCUUCGAAAACCAUCACCUCUACCACCCUUCAGAUUCAUCACUGCCCUCAACCCACCGCAACCCCAAAACCAAAACCAAAACCCCAUCCUCACUCUCACUCGCGACCCUCCCCAACAAUGUAACGCUCAACCCUUCGAUGAUGCCCCCACCGUGAUCUUUCCCAGUUUCCCCUUUGGCUUCUUCCCAAGACCCGUUUCUGAAAGCGGGUUUCGUGGCGGCGAUGAUGCCGGGGUGGAAGAAGAAGACUCUGGAACCCUCUGGGCGGACAGCGUGAAGAAGAAGCGGAAGAAGAAGAUGAACAAGCACAAGUACCAGAAGCUCAGGAAGCGCAUGAGGAGACAGACGUAGAAGGUGAGGGGCCAGAAUUCAUUGAACUGUAAUGCUGUCUUUGUUUCUAUUAGUUUUUUUUUUUUUUUUUUUGUGUUCAAAAGAAGAAUUGAGAAGGAGGGGGACAGGUGUUUAAAGUUUAAAACUUCUAUGGCAAUGGCAAUUAGUUGGAGGCCAAUUGUUUUGGAUUUCUUUUUUGUUGACUCUUGGUUAAUCUAAAUGUUGUUAUUGCACUUUAAUUUGAUACUUCUUAGUCUAGAACAAAUAAUACAUACAUUGACAUGACAAUUCAAAUCCAACUUCAAGUCGACAUGUA